AUGUUUGAGGAAUCGCUGGAGGAAGAGUAUGAUGGCGCGGGGGCCUGUUACUCCCAAGACGGCUCGACCUUCCUGGAUUUAUUUGACGCCGAUGAAUACGCAGAAUGCAGGGUAGACAACCUCUACUAUCCGUUCGCAUCCAAGAAGACAGAGCGGCUUUUGCGUGUAUAUUCGGAAUGGUUAACAGGAGAUUCCGCUUGGGAAAUGCAAACACGACUUCCCAGAGGUGCUACAGUUCUCGGCACCGUUCUUUCAUCUGACAAAACCAACAUCACCACCAUGACUGGUGCCAGGGUUGCCCACCCUCUUCUUCUAGGCCUCGCCAAUAUCCGCAUGUGUACCCGCACAAACUCUCGUCUAAGGCUUUCCUGCUCACGGCUCUCCUUCCAAUUCCAAAGUAUCUACAUCCCAAUCAACGAAUGCGGGGCAUGCUUGAAGGACCGUCUCGUCCAUGAAUGCCUUUCGAUCUUUCUGAAGCCAUUGAUGAAAGCUGCUGAAGUCAGGAGUAUGAUGUCCGAUCCGGUAGGAAACGUCCGCCAUUGCUUUACCCCUCUCGCAGCAUACAUUGUUGAUACCCCAGAGGCGGCCAUGCUUGCAUGUGUGCGCGGAAAGACCUCUCCUUUCACCAUGGCCUCGUAUUUGCAGUUUGGGGAUAAUUUCCGGCACCCUGCUCGUACGCGCUCCAUCACUCUUGGACAGCUCGCUGGUAUUACGGUCAAUCCUGAUGACCUGGAGGCUUAUUUUGAGGCUUGUGCUGACUCGCGGCUGAACGGCGUCCAUGCACCAUUCUGGAUGGAUUGGCCGCUUGCAGAUCCCUCCAUUUUUCUGACGCCAGAAUCAUUGCACCACUGGCACAAAGAAUUUUACGACCACGAUCUUCAGUGGUGUAUCGUGGUCGUUGGAGCUCAGGAACUAGAUUUUCGAUUCUCGAUAUUACAGCCGACUACUGGUUAUCGCCACUUUUCUGGCGGAAUAUCUAAACUGAAACAAGUUACAGGUAGGGGCCAUCGUGAUAUUCAGCGCUAUAUCGUUGGCCUAAUAUCCGGUGCAGCCCCUCGUCGUUUUGUCAUCGCGAUCCGUGCGCUCAUGGAUCUUCGUUACCUAGCGCAGUGUCCUGCACCCGAUGACAAUCUCUUGGCGUGUAUCGACCGAUCUUUGUCGACUUUUCACGAACACAAAGAUGUUAUCUUGACCUUAGGCGCACGGAUGGGGACAAAGAGGCCUAUUGAAAAUUGGUAUAUUCCUAAGCUUGAGCUCCUACAGAGCAUCACUUCCAGCACGCGCAAAGUCGGCGCCCUCAUACAGUGGUCUGCAGACGCUACCGAGCAUGCACACAUUUCUGAAAUCAAGGAACCUGCACGGCAAACGAAUAACAAUGAUUAUGACCCACAGAUCUGUCGUCAUCUUGAUCGGGAGGAGAAGUUGCGACGUUUCGCAAUUGCCACAUCGCUCAAGAACCAUCCCGCAUCCCAUGAUCCCAAUUUUAGGGCCGAAGACAUUCUUGAAGAGGACGACCUGGACGAUGGAGAUGAACAGGAAACGAACGAUCCGCGAACGGCACUGCUCGAGGAGAUGAACCACACUCGUGUUGCGACCGAUUAUUUCCGCAAAGCCAGGCAAAUGGCUACUGCAAGAUGCGAUUCCAGUAUCCCUCAUCGAACGUUUAUUGCUGAAAACACUGCCAUCCACCUCAACUUCAGUCCAUCUCGCUCGGGAGUCAAACUUGAUGAUGUCAGUACUGACUUCAACUUACCGGAUCUGCAUGUUGCGCUUUCGAGCUUCUUACAGCAUGACGCGCGAGAGAGAGGAAUAGUUCAUGGGGUGGGGGGUCCAAGACAGAGACCGUCUAUCGAUCGUCCACCAAUCCUUCCAUUUGACCGCGUUCAAUUAUGGAAUACGGUUCGCCUCCAGCUCAAAUCUUUCCAUAAUCCCGAUAUUGUGUUGCCGGCUCAAACUAUCCAUGCCUCUCCUCCUGGCCCUGGGUGGCCAAAAGGUCGACGGGACGCCAUCCUCGUCAAUGUUGAUACCGCAUAUGAAUGGCCUAAAUCAGGUCUAUCAGGUUCUCGUAUCGCUUGGCGAGAUCAGUACCUUUGUUACGUGCGGCGUCUGAACAUUGGCCCCUGCGAUCCUGCCACUGGGAUGCAUGUGUUGAAGCGUGCAAAGCAUGCAGAUGGUACCCCUAUCUGUAGUAUCAUUCCUCUUCGCCAACUCCGUGCAUUUAUUAGUAUCAUCCCUCGUCUGGGGGAUGCGGCGGAUGUACGAUUGACUUCAGCUACGUCUACACAUUAUUCCCAAGAGUUUUUUUUGAACAAGUAUUUUGAUAAGGACUUUUAUUAUGCACUUCACAAUGCUACUACCCCCGAUAGCUAG